AUGUCUGGCCAAAGAGGAGCCAUUCGCCGGAAGGCUAACAAGGUUGUAUAUGUAGCAAAUGCAGAGCCCGAUAUUGUCGAAAUUGAUGAGCCGCCCAAAAAGAAGAUGAAGAAAGUGAAAGCAUUCAAACUCUAUGGAGUCUCUUUCCCAGUCAUAGGGGCUAUGAGGCAGGAACAGAUGCCACCUCCGCCCUCUGGCUUGCAUCAUCCGCUCAAUCCCUCGCCUUCGUCUAGUCUCACUCAACCUCCUGACGAGGCAUCGCAAGUUCCUCCACCAACUUCUGGGGACCACUGUCAAACUUCCUCACGCAAGCGCACCUUGAGCACUGUGACCAAUGUUGAGCAGCAUCCUCCUACAUCUGCCCUGUACCCUACACAGGGACAGCAAGUGCUCACUGGCUCUGUAUUGGUGCACGGUCCGAAACUCGAGCUGAACAUUCCCUCUAGUUUGGUUAAUCUUCGCAACGCGUUGGAGGAUAUUGAGCAUCAAGGGAAGGUCUUGACCAUCCAAGUACGAGCGUUGAGGAUUCAGGUGGAUGUCAUCGUCCAGGCGUUACAAUGUGCUCAGCAGUAA